CUCUCUCCUCGCCGCCGCACUUUCACUCUUCGCCGCCGCGUUCGCUCCGCGUCUGGCCUUGGUUCUCCGGUCCGCCUUCGCCGCCGCCCGCCAGUGCCAUGGAUGCCAAGGUCGUAGCCGUGCUGGCCCUCGUGCUGGCUGCGCUCUGCCUCAGCGACGGGAAACCAGUCAGCCUGAGCUACAGAUGUCCUUGUCGAUUCUUCGAGACCUACGUUGCCAGAGCCAACGUCAAGCACAUCAAAAUCCUCAACACCCCAAACUGUACCAUUCAGAUCGUGGCAAAGCUGAAGAACAACAACAGACAAGUGUGCAUUGACCCGAAAGUGAAGUGGAUUCAGGAAUACCUGGAGAAAGCUUUAAACAAGGGACGCAGAGAAGAAAAAGUGGGGAAAAAAGAAAAGAUAGGAAAAAAGAAGCGACAGAAGAAGAGAAAGACUGCUCAGAAAAGGAAAGACUAGUUGCCUGCCACCUGGAGACGGACCGCAGUGCACUCUGCCCUGCCCCCGUGCUUUGUAAAUCUGCUCUCACCUCCCAGGGCACACACCCUGCCUCCUGAGUGGCCCUCAGACUUCCCAGGGGGAGCAGCACUUUGCAGCCCCUGUGGCCACACUGGCUCCUGCUUUUCCAUGCUUAUUAAGGUUCCUCUGGGUCUGCUAAGUUAUGAAGAAAGUAGUUGCACAGAGACUGGGCUUGGGUCGUGGGACACAGACACUGUGUGCUCUGCACUGUCUAGAACAGCUCGGACUCUAGAAUGGCCCAGGACUCCAGCAUUGCCCCACAGCCCACCCCCUCAUGCCCCCACCCCAACCCUCCACCCCGUCUCUUAGAAGGCCCUGACUUACAAUCUGCCGUCCUGUCUGAGACCAGCAUGUGGCCGCCUGGCCAGGCACAGGGCGGUCUGCUAGCCCAGCAGCAGAGCCUCAGCCAGCAGGGGGCAUGUGCCUCAUGUGCUCUCAUUUGUCCCUGCUCUUGCCACCCAUCCUGGCCUUGUGGGGCAGAGCUGGCUGUGGCCAUUACGUUUGCAGGUGAUAAUUGACUCCUGUUCCCAAGUGUCCAUUGCUUGGCCCACCACCUCUCUGCCUGCUUGAGUGGGACUUUUUCAGUCCCUGUCCCUGUGCCAGGGGCUGUGUGAGCAGCUUUACUUCCAAGCUAGGAUGGAUUUCUGCAGACCAUGCAGGGAGAGCUGGGAUGAGCCCUGUGCUGCCAGAGAGCAGAUGUGAAAGUGCUUCUCAGGGAACCUCCUCGCUGGGUAGUUCAUUUUGUAGAUUCUUUACACGGGUCCCGGACGACAUGGAGGAACUUUGCGAAGGGGCUGCAGCUCCCGGACUCCUAGCUUAUCCCCUCCCCCUCCAAGACCCUGUGCAAUUAGGUUGCAGGACACAGCUGCCUUAGUCUUCACUCAUGGGAAAUAUCUGCUUAAAGUGAACAUGGUUCAAGUUCUAGAACUUUCUUCACUCCUCUCCCUACAGAAUUAUGUGUGAGAUUUCUUGCCAAGUCUUUCUAAUUUGGACCGGAAGGAUGGGAUCCCGAGGGAGGGAGAGGGAGAGCAUGGCCCUGAUGUCAGUAGUGCUUUGAAAAAGGAUGCCUUAAAUAUCUACUCUUCUCCCCAUCCCCCAUCACACAUAAACGCACACCUUGCACCCCAGACUGCUGGUGAUAAUUUCAGUACAUGGAUCCAGAAAAAUGAAGUGGAUGGAGGACAAAGCAGAUGGAUUUCAGGAGAAGAAAACUCCAGGUCCCUGUGUGUCAGACUCACCUGGGUCACACAGCACUGUGUCCCCCUCACGCUCUAAUGUGCUCCUUUGUGAUUGCAGCAUGGAGCAUUACAGCCUACCUUUCCCCAGUGGAGAAGCAUCCCACUAGGGCCCUGCAGCCGAAGACCUUUUGUGUCCCACUGCCACCCUUUCAGCUGGUUGUCUCCCAGCCUGGGCCCCUCUUGCCAGCACCGGGGGUAGCAGGCCUGUUCCUGGGUGUGUGGGGAUCACUCACACUCCCCUCCCACCUCGGAAGGCAUCUGGAUGCUAGCUGAGCUGCCCAGGGCCUCGGUGCUUUCUGAGGAAGCAGCAGAAGUCCAGUGCGUGGGAGCUUGGCUGGGCUAGUUCUAAUUCUUAGAAAAGCACCCACGAGUGGGUAAGACCUGCGCCCCCAUGCUGUCCGUCAUUCUUCACACUGUGGAGCAGCUAUCUCAGUGCCUAGAGAGGGUGACAGAUCUGCCCUGUGCACCGAGGACAGCUGACUGCCCUCCAGCAGCAGUAGGUCAGGCCAUUGCUCCCCUGAAGUGACAAAGUGAUUUCUGCAGCUCUCACGGGGACAGUGCCUCCCACUUGUGGGAGAACAACAGGGGCUGCAGGGAUUAAGAGAGCUGGACACAGGCAGACACCGUCCUGCCCUCCCAUCACUCCACUGGCUCUGGGCCUCAGUGUACCUGACAAGUGGGCGUAGACCCAGCCCCACUAAAGGGUCCUGGGUGACUGGGAAGAGCCGGACCUUCAUGCCAUGGUGGGUUGAAACUGGGCAAUGUUCACACAUCUGUAUCAGGUGAGCAAUGAGGGGGCCACUUCUGCGCCCAGCCCUCUAGGGCUACCCCUGGCCAGGCCACUGAGAGUUCCCGGGGCAACUAUGGGAGUAGGGGGGCAAGCAGUGGGUGGUACCCAGGCCCUGGAUGAGCCAGCAGCCUGCGCUGGGCUCCACGUGUGGCCACCUAAUGUCUGCACUGGGAGAAAGCAGCGUGCCCUGUCCUGUCCUGUCCUGUGACCACUGUGCCAGGCCAGCUCCAUGUCCUUGUUCAUCUGCCAUGCCCUGAGCUUGCUGCACCCGUCUUUCCCCUCCGCUUCCAACCCCCAUCCAUCCCUCUGCUUUGGCCAUGCUAUCUCUCUUACUAGCCUCCCUACCCAGGGCCUAGGAAGGGAGAUGCGGCUGGCUGCCACGAUUUGGAAUUCAAAGGUCAGGAGUGGGGGGCCGGCUGGAGUGGGUGGGCUUGGCUUCUCAGUGUGAGGCCUGGCCGCUGCGGGAACCCGCCUUAAUG